AUGUUGGGUAUCCUAGCGCUAUUGUGCGGUUUGUUUUAUCUCCUUGCCGCUUUCCUCAUCGUCACUUAUUGUGUACGAGAUCGAGACGACACCGAACCACCAAUGCCUGUCAAUCCGAUGGUUUCAAUUAUCAUCUCGAAAGAUUCGAACUCAUGUGCUCGUCAUGACUCGAUCACCACACAAUCAAUUCCAACUUUUCCA